AUGGUGGAAGAUAUAAUAAUAACGAACUCCGAAAAUAAAAUCGAGGAUUCGAUAGUAUGUUACGCUCCAACGAUGAUAGUUACGAACGGGAUAUGGCAAGGUGAUAAUCCACUUGAUUAUUCAUUACCACUCUUCAUAGUGCAAUUGACAUUGGUGGUUGUCAUCACUCGACUUCUCGUUUUUAUAUUGAAACCUAUUCGUCAACCUCGUGUUAUUGCUGAGAUUCUUGGUGGUGUAAUUUUGGGGCCAUCAGUAUUAGGAAGAAGUAGCACAUUUGCUAAUACAAUAUUUCCUCGAAGAAGUGUGAUGGUCCUAGAAACAAUGGCAAAUAUUGGACUUCUUUACUUCCUGUUUCUAGUAGGAGUAGAAAUGGACGUUGCUGUGCUUCGUCGAAAUAGUAAAAAAUCUUUGAUUAUAGCAAUAGCAGGGAUGAUAUUUCCAUGUAUAAUAGGGAGUUCAUUCUCCUUCUUGUUGCAUGAGAAAUCACAAAACACAAAAGAAUCAACUUUCAUUCUCUUCCUUGGCCUCGCGCUUUCUGUUACUUCAUUUCCUGUUCUUGCUAGAAUCCUCGCGGAGCUCAAACUUAUCAACUCUGAAAUUGGGAGGACCGCGAUGUCUGCUUCACUUAUUAAUGAUAUGGUAGCAUGGAUUGCCUUAGGCUUUGCAAUUGCCUUUUCUGAGAAUAAAGACAUGAGCUUGGCUUCUCUUUGGGUGAUCCUCUCAAGUGUAGCAUUCAUUUGUGUUUGUUUUUUCGUCGUUAAGCCAUUGAUUGAAAGGAGGAUAAGUCAGACCCCAGAAGGCGAAUCGAUUAGUGAGUUCAAUAUAUGUCUUAUUCUCACAGGAGUUAUGAUUUCUGGAUUCAUAACAGAUGUUAUUGGAACACAUUCUGUUUUUGGUGCUUUUGUCUUUGGUUUGAUUAUCCCUAGUGGUCCUCUUGGUUUGACACUUAUAGAAAGGCUAGAGGACUUUGUUUCGGGGCUUUUUCUACCACUUUUUUUCGCGAUUAGUGGUCUUAAAACAGAGAUUUCUGCUAUUGAUGGUGCUGCAACAUGGGGAAUUUUAUGUGUUGUUAUAGUCUUGGCUUGUGCUGGUAAAGUUAUAGGUGUAGUCCUUGCAACACUUUAUUACAAAAUGCCAUUUUAUGAAGGCCUCUCUCUUGGUCUCCUCAUGAAUGCCAAAGGCCUUGUUGAGAUGAUUGUCCUCAAUGUUGGUAAAGACCAAAAGGUUCUUGAUGAAAAAUCUUUUGCUAUAAUGGUGAUUGUAGCAAUUGGCAUGACUGCAAUCAUCACCCCUAUUGUGACAAUAGUCUACAAACCAUCAAGAAAUUUCACCCCAUAUAAGAGAAGAACAGUUCAGAAAACAAAGUUGGAUAGGGAAUUUCGAGUACUCGUUAGCAUCCACACACCUAAAGUUGUUCCAACAAUUAUCAGUCUUCUUGAAGCAUCAUGUCCAACCAAGAAAUCACCAAUAUGCAUAUAUGUCCUACACCUUGUCGAACUCACUGGCCGUGCAUCUGGAAUGCUUAUUGUCCAUAACAUGCGAAAAACAGGAAGGCCAGCUAUGAACAGAACUCAGGCUCAAUCGGAUCACAUCAUCAAUGCAUUCGAGAACUUUGAGAAAAGUGCAGGAUGCGUCUGCGUGCAACCUCUCACUGCCAUCUCCCCUUACUCCACUAUGCACGAAGACAUUUGCGUGUUAGCUGAGGAAAAACGCGUGGCACUAAUCAUCAUCCCUUUCCACAAGCAACAAACAGUUGAUGGUGGACUAGAAAUAACAAAUCCAUCAUUCCGAACAAUUAACCAGAAUGUACUAGCAAAUGCACCUUGCUCUGUUGGGAUAUUAGUGGAUAGAGGCUUAACAGGAUCUACAAGGUCAACAAUGAACCAAAUUUCACACCAUGUCGCGGUGUUAUUCUUUGGAGGACCAGAUGAUCGCGAAGCAUUAGCCUAUGCUUGGAGAAUGAGUGAACACCCAAACAUUAAUCUAACUGUUAUGCGUUUCCUCCCUGGAGAAACAGCAACAAGAUCAGAGUCAUCGAACAACAAGAAUGACCAUAGUAUUCUAACAGUUGAAACAGAACGCGAUAGGGAAAAACAGCUAGACGAGGAAUAUGUAACAGAAUUCAGGACAAAAACAGGAAAUGAUGAAUCAAUAGUUUACACAGAAAGAGUGGUGAAUCAUGGAGAAGAGACAGUAGCAGCAAUAAGGUCAAUAGAUAACUCACACGACUUGUUCAUAGUGGGUAGAGGAGAAGGCAGUAGCUCCCCGUUAACAGCAGGGCUAACUGAUUGGAGCGAAUGCCCGGAGCUUGGUACCAUUGGGGAUCUUUUAGCUUCUUCAGAUUUUGCGAUGACAGCUUCAGCAUUGGUGGUGCAACAAUAUGUAGGAAUGGGAACAGGGGAUCCGUUAGUCACUCCGGAUAGUCCUUGCCACCCCUUCAACAUCGAUCAUACGAAUCGUAGGCCACAAAACAGUUAUGGAGAACAACAACAACCUGAUUUUCAUUCACAACUUUGAAAACUUGAUCUUUCUUUUUUUUUAACCUAUUCUUGAUUUUGUUACUUGUAAAAUGUAAAACUUUUUUAUGCUUCCUACUCUAUAGAUCAAUCUUUGAUGUAUUUGGUGAGUAAAGUGAAGAUAAUCA